CGCUGUUUAUUUAUACAACUGAACGAAAGGAAAUGUGUCGGAAAGGACCAAAAUCUUCGUCAAAUCUCGGACUGGUUCUCGUAAAUAAACAGAAAAAGGAUUCCAAGAUGUGAUUCAUCAUCCAAGUGUGAACAGAUAAAAGGCCAUUCUUGGACAAGUAUCAUCAGACUUCUCCACCUGCCAAUAAUCUGCUUGCAUUCUAAUGACGUCGGUCAAGUAUUUCAUAAGCCACUGUUUAGCCCUCCCCUUUCAAGCAAUGAAGUCCCUGAAUGAUAGAUGCAAGCUACAGAUCAUCGCCAUCUUAGAUGGCAUAGUUCUGUUUGCUGCUGUAUGUGUGGGUCUAUACACCUGCUGGCAGCUAACCGGUGAUUCAACCAUCAUCCUCUUAACUGGAUUUGGUCUGCUCAUUUUUGCUUUCUCUGCUAUUCUUUACUACUACUUUGAUCUAGUCGACUACACCCUUAGCUUCACUCAUCUUUGGUAUGGCUGCCUUCUCGGAAUCAUCUCCUUCAUGGAUGUCGGGCUCAACGAGGCUGCCCCUAUCACCAAAGCCACAAAUGGACUUCUCGUGAGCAGUCUUGUUGUCAGGAUGAUCUGGUCUUUCUCAGAGAGAGUUUGUGGCCAGACUAGCUACACAUCUCGUCUCCUCACCACAGUAGAGAAAUAUGAAUGUAUUGGCUUUGGUAUUGCAUGUAUGAUGAAAUCAACCUACAUGGUCAGCCUCUGGUUACUGGUUAUCGCAUUUGCAUUCACCAUUGCAUCUCUACGCCUGAAAGUAGCUUGUGCAAUCCCGACUCUUGUGCUGUUUGUAACCCUGUCAGCAACUUUCUUCUUCCGUGCCAUUGAGGUCCCAAUAAAUCCAUUUGCUCUUAGUUGCUUUGCGGGAAGACUGCUCAUCGAUCCUGCGCUGGACCUAUACUUUUGUGGAUUAUCAGUCCUAGAGAGGUGGAACUGUCUCAUUAAUCGUAGUCACCUUAUUCACAGACUAGUCCUGCUUCUUGCCAUAGCUUUUGAAGUCCUUUUCUUGUUGCUGGCAGGAGAAGCUACACUGACUCAUGAAGAAUGGUACUUUGCCAUUCCUGCCUAUGCUGUUUUUGGCGUCUUAUGGAUCAGUCUUCACAUCGUCUUCAUGAUCACAGCUUGGGGCUUCAUUGGCAAACUGAGAGAAUGCAACCGUGCUUACCACGCUGUCAGCGAUGAAACAAAUAAAAGUUUGAGUGUAAUCAUGGCCUCAAAAGGAUUACGCUUCUUUACAACUAUAUCACGGCGACUGGUGGCUUCGGCUCUUCUAAGCACCCUGUUCUUGGGUGCAGUGAUGUGGCAGAACCAUAAUGCAGCCUUUAUGGCUGGCUGGCUUAUUGUGCUAUCUCUUGAGGGCAUGCUACAUGGGCUUCUUUAUGAGCUGGCUGGAGCGUUGGGAGGAACGUGCACAGCAUAUGCUGUUGUUGGCCCUUCCUCAUUCUGCAGAGCUGAUGGAUCUGCAGUCCCCCUACCCAUGACAGCAGCUGAAGAAAACAGCAACCGCUCUAUGGGUCUCCUCAACACCAUCCAACGCUUCUUCCUCUACCACAUGAUAGACAUAUACAGCUGCGACUUCUCCACCAGUGGUCUCUCUAUGGAAUCCCUCCACACCAAGCUCAGAAGUUUUUUCUCUCGAUGUACAGAUGAUGGGCCAAGGUUUGACACCUACUUACUGUAUUACAGCGGACAUGUUCAUGCCAAUGGUGAUUGGGCUUUGGCUGACAAUGGUGUGCUGAAAUUUGACCAACUGUUGGAACUGUGGUCAUCCUUGGACCAGCAAUCAGGAUCAAGAUUAAUCCUUGUCAUGGACACACGCAGCGGAGGUGAAUGGCCAAAGCGAAUCCAGGGUGAUGGGGACAACUUCAUGGCUAUCCAGGCAUCCAUUUUGAAAAAGUCUACAGACCCGGAGACGGGAGUCACUACAUCUGUUGGGGAUUUUACUAAAGAAUGGGUAGACUUCAACUGCACUAAAGAAACAGAUAUUUCAUGGCAUGAGCAGGGUCGGCGUACUAAGGCUGUCUAUGCCGUCUCUGGUCGAUGGAGUGAGUUUAUGUUCCAUCAACCAACAGAGAAUGAUAUGGAAAGCCACUGGCAGAGUAACUUUCCACGUACCACCCACCCACUUAUUAAGCUUCUGCAGAUACCUAGUGCAUUUGAUUGCUUAUCUUUGUGCUCUGGUUGUCUCUAUUGUAUUAGACGCUGGAAACUCAAGUGGCUGCCACCAAAGAUUAUCAACACGGGGCAUGGUUUCAAGUUGGUGCAAUCUUGAAACGGUUUGUCCACAUCUAGAGGAUUGGUUAUAGAUUUAUUCACUUGUUCAUUUUGUACAGAAAUUAUUUAUUAUUUUUCCCAUUUUACCAUCAGAUCUCAUUCCAAUUCUAACUUGCUUCUGCGAUCAAACUAAGUGGAUGGAUACAUAAACAAUAGACUCUAACUACAUGUAUUUGUGAAUGCCAAUAUACAUUAUAAAUUAACCUUCACAAUUACCAUUCAUGUAGGAUGUUUUUGAUACUCCUCAAAAUGAAAACCCUAUAUCCUGUGUGUGAAAUUAUGUGUAUAUAUAAAGAUGCUGUGAAAAAUUGUGUACAGAGAAAUACGUGCAGUGGCUUACAGAUUUUCUUCAUACAGGAAUGCUCCUGCAUACAUGAGUUUCAUCCCCAAAGAAUGUCUUACUUUACCCAUCAUUGUUUAAAGUCUUUAUUAUCGAAACACUGGUGG